AUGAAGCAAUGGCAGGUAUCGAAGCAAUUACGGGACAUCGCGGUCAUUACAGGUGGUCAUCUGCUAUAUAUAGAUAAUCUCAAUCCUCGAAAAACAUCUUUAAAGCUAAUUUUUAUCUUCUUCUUUGCCUCUUUUCGGAGCAUGUUCGUUAAAUGGAAAGAACUUUAUUUGCAACCGUUUUUAAUGUUUGACCAAAAAACGAAAGCAGAAAUGCUUGUUGAUUACAAUGAACAUAUACAAGUGAAAGAAGCAAUAGAGCAUCUAAAACAACAUGGUAGUUUUCUUGGCUUGCCAAGUCUUGGCAGUAGAACAGGUUUGGCCCAAUCAGAAACCUUGGCUUCUAAUGCUGGAAAUCUGUACCUUUUCUUGCUAUUGCCUGAUAAUAUGUAUAAAAGAACUGGUCGACCUAAAGAUAUACAUUUAUCACUUCCUCGUAAGGAAUCAAUAAGUACUUUUAUUAGAAAUCGGCUGAAUUCUUGUGCAUCAUUUUAUUUUGGUGUUAAUAUCUGUAAGUCCAAAUGUUGA